CAACCGAAGUGGCUUGCGUCUUGCGUGUACGUCGUCGUAACUUUUAAAAUUUGCAAUUCAUUUUCGUACGCAAGUAUCUUGAAUCUAGUUUGUUUUGUAACAUAAAUAACGAAGUUUUAUAAUUUUCGGUUAUUGUUGUUAUUUUUCUGACUAUUUGGCAAGGUUGUAAUAAAUAUUUUCCAAACAAAUUCGAGGAAAUAUUAUCUGCGCACGCUAGAAAGUGCGGCAUUGGUCGUGCUUUAGCCUUACAAGUGGAGGGGGAAUAGAAACAACAUGGAAUCGACAACUGUCUAAAUCAGUUACUUGUAGACGCGUGUAUCGGUUGUGUUAAGUUCGAUUUUUCAAUUUUUCUCAAUUAGUUACUACCUCAUGUUUUUUUAAUUUUACCUGAAACUAUCUUCCUUAUAUGUAAGAAAUUUAUAAACUAAGAGACAAAGUGGUUUUUAAACGAUGUGUUAAGUUUGAAGUUUGGACAUAACCUGACAAAUUUCAUCAAGCAAAAGAUUGUGAUAGUGAUAUUGUAUACAUACAAAAGAGUUUCCUACAAUCUGUGAGAUUCCGAAAAGGCACGGUUAGGAUUGUGAAACGGUACAUGUGAAUCAAAUUUACUGUUACGACCUAGUUUUGUGAUAGCACCAAGCACAAGUGAAGUUAAACAGCAUUGAACACCAGGAAAGUUUUCGCGAAUGUUUUUACAUCGAAAAGACACAGUCCAGUCACGCUUUUCGUAAAUAUGUAUUUCGUGUAAUUAAGUCCAAGAACUGAAUCUGUUGACACUCAAAAUGCGUUCCCAUAAAAAAACCAAAGAAAGUGGCUUUUUCGAAGGUGAUUCCUCUGACACAGAUGGUUGUCUCAACAUGGGUAAAAGGACUUGUACUACUUCGAGUGAUUGCCCUAAAAAAAUGAAAUACAAGGACGAGGAAUUUGAAAACCCAGUUAGGUCUCCCCACGAAAAAGUUAAUCUUUCUGGAGUGGAUCGUGUCAAUAUGUCUCACUUUGAUUUACUCAAAGUACUUGGAACCGGAGCAUAUGGUAAAGUAUUUCUGGUACGAAAACGUGGUGGAGCCGACAACAACCGACUUUACGCUAUGAAAGUUUUGAAGAAAGCAACAAUAGUACAGAAGAAGAAAACCACUGAACAUACAAAAACAGAAAGACAAGUAUUAGAAGCCGUCCGAGACAAUCCAUUUUUAGUUACAUUACAUUAUGCCUUCCAAACCGAUGCCAAAUUGCACUUAAUUCUUGAUUAUGUGGCCGGUGGAGAACUGUUUACACAUUUAUACCAAAGAGAGCAUUUCACAGAAGACGAAGUACGCAUUUAUAUAGGAGAAAUUAUUUUAGCACUAGAACGCCUCCACAGUUUGGGAAUAAUCUACCGAGACAUCAAAUUAGAAAAUAUUUUAGUCGAUGAAUCAGGCCACAUUGUUCUAACAGAUUUUGGACUAAGCAAGGAAUUACCAAGAGAAGGAGAUAGUGAUCAGCGCGCCUAUUCAUUUUGUGGCACAAUCGAAUAUAUGGCACCGGAAGUUGUCAAAGGAGGAACUCAGGGACAUGAUAUCGCCGUUGACUGGUGGUCGGUAGGAGUACUUACUUACGAAUUAUUAACAGGAGCGUCCCCUUUCACUGUGGAAGGUGAAAAAAAUACACAGCAAGAAAUUUCCAGACGAAUUUUAAAGACAACUCCACCAAUACCUGAAACGUUAGGCAAAGAAGUUGCAGAUUUUAUAAGCAAACUAUUAGUUAAAGACCCCAGAAAAAGACUUGGCGGUGGUGAGGGAGAUGCUAAAGAAUUAAAAAAGCACCCUUUCUUUAAAAGUUUAGACUGGAGCAAAUUAGCACGGAAAGAAAUACCCGCUCCCUUUAAACCGGUAAUUAGGAGCGAGUUAGAUGUGUCAAACUUUAGCGAAGAAUUCACUCAAAUGCCUCCUACAGAUUCACCAGCUGUAGUUCCACCAAACUAUGAUAAAAUAUUUAAAGGAUAUUCGUAUGUAGCACCUUCAGUCUUGUUCACUAAGAACGCGAUUUCAGAGGAAAUACUGAAACCGACCAAGCAACACGACAGUACCAAAUUGGUUAACUGUAAAAUAAAUAAUUCCCCGUUCUUCCAAACUUACGAUAUCGAUUUAAAUGAACCGAUUCUGGGCGACGGUACUUUCUCAGUGUGCCGUCGGUGUAUUAAUUUGCAGACGGGUAAAGAAUACGCCGUCAAAAUUGUGAGUAGAAAGAAAGACUGUUCUCAAGAAAUCAAUCUGCUACGAGCGUGUCAGGGUCAUGCCAACAUUGUGAGUUUAUACGAUGUAAUUCAAGACGAGGCGCAUACGUAUCUGGUGUUAGAAUAUUUAAAAGGGGGUGAAUUGUUCGAACGUAUACGUAAAAAAUCAAGGUUUACGGAAUCGGAAGCAUCUGGAAUACUUCGAAAACUUGUAUCGGCUGUGAGUUUCAUGCAUUCGCGUGGUGUUGUACAUAGAGACUUAAAACCUGAAAAUCUCGUCUUUACAUCGGAAGAUGACGACGCAGAGAUAAAAGUGAUAGAUUUCGGUUUUGCGAGGUUGAAACAAGAAAAGGAGUCGCUUCACACUCCAUGUUUCACGUUGCAUUAUGCAGCCCCCGAAGUAUUGAAAGGUGAUCCAGAGGGAUAUGACGAAAACUGUGAUCUGUGGAGUUUAGGUGUCAUUUUGUACACCAUGCUAAGCGGAAAAGCUCCUUUCCACGCAAGGUCGAGAGACGAAAGCGUCUCGUCCAUAAUGGAACGCAUUAAAGAGGGCGACUUCAGCUUUCAUUCUGCUGCGUGGAAUGGAGUAAGUAACGAAGCCAAAUCGGUGGUAAGAGGCUUGCUUACGGUCAAUCCUAGUCAGAGGUUACGAAUGACCCACUUGGAAACGAAUACUUGGGUUCAAGGUAACCAGAACUUCAUUUCGACUCCUCUUAUGACACCAGAUAUCCUGCUGGGAACCGCUGCCGAGAAAAGCCUCCAAACAACGUUCAAUGCUUUCCACAAGGCCCAGCGGGAGGGCUUCAGGCUGCAAGACGUUCUAAGUGCAAAACUCGCUCAAAGGAGGAGAAUGAAGAAGAGUUCGUCUGAUAAUAAUAGCACUUCUUCGUCAAGUUUCACGAGCGAAGGCUCUCUUAAAAGUGGACCAAAAUUGUCUGUUGACGUCAAAAAGACUGAUGACUCUAAAGAAACUAAAGUCAAUUCGGCAGAGCGCGUAGACAACGUUUUUAAUUUCGGUGAGAAGAGAGUCACUGAAUUUUUGGAAACGAUGAGUGCAAAUCCGCUAGAUCCUGAAACUGUUUCACCCUCUAAUUCUGUGAUUGUAAGGACAUCAGAUUCCAGCUCUAAAUGUGAUGUUAUGCGAGAAUCCACGAGUUCAAGUGGAAUUGUGUUGUCUGAUAAAAAUUCAGUAGAUACGAAAGUUGUUAGGCGCCGACAACGGAAAGUUUAUGUUCAGACAAGAAGAAGUGAACGGAUCAGGAGAAGACAAAGACAAGAAAUCGAUUUAGAUCCUAUGCCUUUAGUUCCUUUAUCAAAAAAUAAUAGAAAAAGAAAAAUCGAUGAAAGUGAGGCAAGUAUAGAAUCUUCAGCUUCGACAAGUAAAAGAAAAAAAGCUGUAGAUUCAACUGCUGUUAGUAAGACAAAGAAGAGUAAGAUUAAUCGAUAGGUUAUUAACAAAAUUUGUACAUCACUUUAGUUUUAUUAGUAAUGUGAUCUUUCAAAAGACAUUAUCAGUGGACCUAAACAUUAUGUUUUUAACCGCAAAGGAUUUUUUAAUAAUUGUGUUGUGUAUAUACGAUUGUUUAUUAUGCAAUAAUAUUAAAGAAAAACGAAUUUUUAGGUUCACUGUUACUGUAAUUGUGAUAAAAUGUUUACCCUAAAAUGCUGAUAACCUUGUUUGAUGAUCACAUUUACUCUAAGUUCCAUUUAGCUGAAUAAUCGUUAUCAUUAAGUGCACUUCUUAGGCUGAAUCUUUAAUUAAUUAAAAUACCAAAAAUUUGUACAUAGAGUAUAUAGAUUUUUGUAACUUAUAAAAUUUUUGUCGGUGUAAUGAUUUUAUACAGGUCUCAAUAUUUAAAGAAAUUUUAUUAUAUAAAUGGUUGCAAUUAAAUAGUUAACAUUUCUUACUUAAAAUAUAUAUUAGUGUUCUCAAUUACAGAAUUGCUUAAAAUAAUGUUGACUAUUAUGUAAAGUUUUAUAUCUUCGAAAGUGUUUUUAUUUUUAUUUCUUUAUUGCUGCAUAUAAUAGUCGAGGUAGACUUUGUUCUGUCCUGAUUGAUGUAUGUCUUUCUUGUUUAGGAAUUUUCCAAUAUUGUAUACUAAAAAUUAGGGUUUUUAAUGAGCAUGACUAGCGUUGUGUUUAAUGUUAAUAUCUUUUAUCAUUAUUUAUUUCAUUCUAUUUAUUCUCCUGUUGCCUAACUAGAAAAUCACUUGUUUAAAGGUUAUUGUUAUUGUUAUGUAUAUUGUGCAACACUUCAAGCUGAAAGGAUUAUCAUGAAAAUGUGUUUUAGCAUCAAAUACCUGGUCUAUUUUAGUCAAUAUUUUAGUCGUUAUGGGUUGUAUUAUGAUCCAAUUUAUUAUUUAUAUUUUUGCACUCAGGAACAGUUCUUUAUUAUUAUGAAUCACUAAUAUGUAGGAUUUCUUUAAUUAUUUAUAGAAUUUAUUUUAAAUUUAAUUCAAAUAUUAUUAUUUUUGUAAUAAUAUUUGCGUCAACCUAAUACAUAUGAAGUAUAUGUAAAGCAAGUAUGUUCAUAUGAAAUGAUGGAGACCAAGUGGACAGUGCCUUUCCUCUCCUAUGAGGCUGUCAUGCUUGAAGGCAAAAUUCAUAAUUACUGUAAUAUGCCUUAAUUAUGUUAGUAUUAAAUAUUUUGAGUCUUUGA